AUGGCAACAGUUGACACUCGUCCUGGCUCAACGGCUUCUGGUCUUCUAAGAGGCCCUAGAGGUGGAGGCGAUGAUCCGCCGGACCCAGGCCGUGGUCGCCGCCUCACUCGUUUGCAGGAGGCCGAAGGCAUAUCGGAGCAUGAGGUUCUAUGGCAAUUCAUCAAAGACAACCUCAAUCGAAAGGUGAACUUGGGCCUGAUCCGUCAACUACAUAACAUCCUGCGCCGAUGGAGGCACGCCACCGAAUGCGAGCACCCUAUUCCAAAGAACCUUCGGCCGUACGCAGUGACUCUCAAUCAUCCAAACUACGCUCGAUACGGGCCUGUUUUCGAAGGCCCGAAGGGAGUUCCGAUUAAUCUCAGCCUCCAGGAAUACUUGCGGAUUGACCAGUCCAAGCCCAUCUCCAACUCCAACCGCUGGUAUGCUUCGAGGCUCCCAGCUCUCUUCAAACAAAUAUGGCGAUCUCCAGGAUUAUGA